AUGGGGAUUAUUUUCAAAUUAAACAAAAGUGCCUACUCCAAUUGUAAAUCUUACUCGUAUAAGAGGGGGGAUCACUCUAUAUUCGAGAAAAUAUGCGAACCAUAUUGGAAUUUUUGCGUCAAACUAAUUCCCAAAUCCGUAACGGCCAACCUAUUGACAUUGCUAGGAUUCAUAUGCUCAACUUUGGCAUUCUUUCUCAUGUAUAUGUUUGACAUAAACAAUAAGAAGUAUGAUCACGUAUAUAUAUAUAUGGGAAUCUUAUUAUUUUUAUAUUCGACUUUUGAUGCUAUUGAUGGAAAACAAGCAAGAAGAACAAACACAAGCUCUGCAUUAGGACAACUUUUUGAUCAUGGAUGUGACGCAAUUACUUCAUGCUUAUUUAUUAUGAUUGGUGUUAAAACUAUUGGUUUAACCAAGGGAUGGGUAGCAUUUUGGAUUGUUGCAUAUGUUCAAUUAUUACCCUAUCUUUUAUCGUGGUUAGAACAUUAUACAAAAACCUACAACACAGCCGAUGGACCUUUUGGAGUAACUGAAAUCAACCUUGCUGGAAUAGCAUUAUGCGUUUUUAGAGGAUUAAAAGGACCAGGAAUAUAUCAAAGAUUAACCUUUAAAAAUAUAAUUCCAGCCAAGAUACAUUCCUUUUUUGGAUAUUCCUUAUUAAGUUUACCAUUAUCUACCAUAUUGAUUAUUUCAUCCUUCAUACUUAUUGCACCAACCACUGCUAAUUUCAUAUAUAAAGGAAUUAUGAACGCCAAGAAAAAGAAAAAAGAAGCAUCAUUACUCUUAGCAUUAUAUAUUGGAUUUCUCAUAUCAGAAUAUUAUUUCUAUAGAACAACCACAACCCCAAAAAAUGAAUUGAUAUGCUUCUUAAUCUUCGCCAUAUACUCAGCCUUUUACACAUUACACAUGAAUUUAUCCACACUUUUAAAGAUUAAAAUGCCAUAUGUUCCAAUUCCAAUAAUCGUCUAUUACAUUUUCUUGGCUCUCUUAUUCGUCAAAAGAACAAUGAAACUAAAAUUCUUAAAUUCUUCAGCAUUUUCCGAAGCCAAUAUAUUAUAUUACAUGUUAGGAUUUGCAAUAUUUUACUUAUUUGACUAUUCAUACACUUUAAUAACAAACAUUUGCAAAGAGCUUGGUAUUACUUUCUUAUUUCUUAAAAGAAAAAAAAAAUAA